AGUUCCCGCAGUCAUCCGCGGUCGUCUGUCGUCGCGGGCGUCGUGCCGUGAUAUCGUAAUAACAUAAUAAUAAUAAUAAUAAUAAUAAUUGUUCUGCGACGGAUUGGCAUCCAGUCGGGACGAAAACAGACUCCGGUGUCGUGGCGACGCGAGAACAGAGAGAGAAAAUAGCGGUGCCGAAAACCGCGGACGGACGACGAUUAAUAUUAUUCAUCAAAACUAUAAUUUUGAGUCGCACAGUUCGCCGAGUGCCAUAUUCGCGAACGGAUCGGCUGCAAACUUCGAGUGUUUUCGAAUUCCGAUCGGGGGCGGCGGUGGUGAAUUUAUCUUUCGCACCCCCCUAAUAGUUACCCUCAGGCCAUCUGCAGCAGCUCUGCUCGCGCGAUAAUAAAAAAAGCAGUUUAAUAUUAUAUCGUUUAUACAAUCGCCGGCGAAACCGCCUCAGAAAUACAACCUUCAUUUUUUCGUUAUUAUGGUAACAUAUAAUAUUACGCGGCAGUAGAUAUUCGUCAGCGAGACAUCGGCGCGUAGUAUAUUUUUAGUGGUCCGUCGUCGAUCAUCAUCAUGUCGUGGUUUUUUUCUGCCGACGAUGACGAGGAGGACGAAAACUUGCUGUUUAGCCCCGCGCUCAUGGCGCGGAGGGCCAGCGAGAGUUGGAUCGAUACGCCGCCAAUAGAGGAGGUUCCGGUACAGGUGGCACUGCAGCGCAAAAAGAGUCUGCCGGACGUCCAAGUGCCGCUGAACGCUCCGGCUUCGAUCACCCGGGAAGAGGUGUCCGUGUUGAGUUCGGCCAGGAGGGAGGAAAUGCGCAGGGUAGAAGAAGAAAACGAACGGCUCCGAGCCAACCCACUGCUCUACCUAGUCAGUCCGCACAUGAAGGAUUGGUUCACGAGGCAACAGUUGGUGUUGGUGAUAUUGAUCGUCAACAUAUCGUUGGCGCUGAUGUUUUUCAAACUUCUGACAUCCUAGACGCUGCGCCGGCGGUGGACGGCCUGGACACUUCCCGCAGCCAAUAUUAUACGAUAAUAGAAAAGCGAAAUAUACACUUAUUAUAUUUUUUCAAACAUGAUAAUGUUAUGUUGUGUUAAUUCGUGGCGGCGACAAAUCAAUAUUGUUAUUGCGCGUCAACAUUAAUUAUUAUUUUUUAUAACGACCGUUUCGGGACGAGACGGCUCGGAGCGGCACCGGACGUCUCGUCCGGAAAACGUUUCGAUGCGUUUAUUUAUUCGUUUCAAUCACUUUUGGCAAUGUUAUAAACUAUAAAUUACAAUUCAUAUUUAUAUUAUACAUAAUAUAAUGUAUUCAAUAUAUACUCACAUAUUUAAUAUUUAUAUACAUAUAUAUUAUGUAUGUACACACACACACACACACACACACACACACACACACAUAACACCACGUUUGUUGUACGGCGUUAUUUCCCAAUAAAUCGAUUUAUUAUUAUUAUAUUAUUAUAUACACGUAGUGACACGAUGUGAGGUCGAACAACUCGACGACGGUGUCUUAUAAUAUUAUUAUAUAAGGCUCGAGUCGAAAGCGAUUGGCUUUUAUUUCGGUAUAUUAUAUUAUUAUUAUUAUUAUUUUGUUAGUGAAUAUAGUGCAUUUGAUUUGA